AUGGAAACUUUCGACUCAGUCCCUCCACCCCCAACCCCCCUGGGCCACCACCGCAUCCUCUCGCCCACAGCCGGCAUCCGCGUCUCCCCCCUCCAGCUCGGUGCCAUGUCUAUCGGCUCUGCCUGGUCCGCGGGAAUGGGUAGCAUGACCAAAGAUGCCUCUUUUGUGCUGCUGGACGCCUUCAGCGAGGAGAGCGAGAGUGAAAUUGGGGAGUGGAUGUGUGAGCGCGGGAAUAGGGAUCAGUUGGUUGUCGCGACGAAGUAUACGGGGGCAUAUCAGGGGUAUCAAUCCGGGAUGAAGGGGAACAUGGUGAAUUGUGCGGGGAAUAGUAAGCGGAGUUUGGUGAUGAGUGUGUGGGAUUCGCUGUGCAAGCUGCAGACUGAUUAUAUCGAUAUCCUACACGUGCAUUGGUGGGAUUACACGACGUCCGUCGCGGAGGUCAUGGAUAGUCUGCACGCGCUCGUGAUGUCAGGGAAGGUGUUGUAUUUGGAAAUCAGCAACACACCCGCUUGGAUUGUUAGCGUGGCGAAUGCGUAUGCCACGCUGCAGGGCCGCACGCCGUUUAGCCGUGAAAUCCUCCCCAUGGCGCGCCAGUUCAGUAUGACGCUGGCACCGUGGGACGCGGUUGGCGGUGGCAAGUUCCAGACUGAAAAGGCGCUGCAUGAGCGCCAGGAGCGCGGUGAUGGCAGUCUGCGCAAAAUGAUGGGCAGCGAUGCGCAGUUUGAAGAUGAGAUCCGGAUGAGCCAGGCGCUUGCGAAGGUCGCUGCAGAGCAUGGGAUUGAUUCCGUUACUGCGAUCGCGCUGGCUUACGUUCUCGCUAAGGUGCCGUACGUCUUCCCACUUAUUGGAGGCCGCAGGGUUGAGUAUCUGUACGAUAAUAUCCAGGCGUUGAGUACCCGGCUCUCAGAGGAGCAGAUUCGGUUCUUGGAGAGUGUCAAGCCGUUGGAUGUUGGGUAUCCGCAGAAUAUGCUUGGUGAGGAGCCCGGGGUUACGGGGAAUGAGGGCAUGGCGUUGGCGCCUGCUGGGAAGAUUGCUUUUGUGAGGUAUCCAAGGGCUAUUGGGUAUGAGUGA